AGUCAGUUGACUACUGUCCGUUGAAUGUCAGACUAAAAUUCAUUUAUUGCAUGAACAAUACUAUCAUUUUAUAAAUAUUUGUUAGUUUAAAAAUUUUAUUUCAAAAAUAUUAAUCAAAAAUAAAACUGUGUAAAAAUUAUCCAUUGUCACGGCAAUAAUUGCGCUACAGUUGAUAUAGUUCGUUUAAGAACAGAAAUAAAGAUGGUGGGGUGGUGGCAAACUUUAUCGGAAAAUUAUCAUGACUUGAUGAAUAAAAAGGGAGAUCCACGAGUCAACGACUGGUUCAUGAUGAGUGGACCACUUCCUACACUUGUGAUUUGUAUUUCUUACGCUUAUUUUGUUAAAGUUAUUGGUCCGAAGUUUAUGGAAAAUCGUAAACCAUUUUCUCUAAGACGAACUAUGAUAGUUUAUAAUUUAUUUCAAGUAAUAUUUUCAGCUUGGCUUUUCUAUGAGAGUCUAGCAAGUGGUUGGUGGAACGAUUAUUCGUUCAGAUGUCAGCCGGUUGAUUAUUCUAGAAACCCAAAAGCUUUGAGAAUGGCAAGAGGCUGUUGGUGGUAUUAUAUGUCGAAAUUUACAGAAUUCGCAGACACUAUUUUCUUCGUACUUCGAAAAAAGAACAACCAAAUUUCUACCCUCCAUGUUAUACAUCACGGAAUAAUGCCCAUGUCCACGUGGUUUGGUGUUAAAUUUACUCCAGGUGGUCAUUCAACAUUCUUUGGACUGCUCAACACAUUCGUACACAUAGUUAUGUACGGAUACUAUUUACUUGCUGCCCUUGGGCCUCGAAUACAGCCAUAUUUAUGGUGGAAAAAAUAUUUGACAGCUCUUCAGAUGGUACAGUUUAUUCUUGUAAUGGUACACGCAUUCCAGCUUUUAUUUACUAAGUGCGAUUAUCCCAAGGCUUUUGUUUGGUGGAUCGGACUUCACUCGAUUCUCUUUUUUUACCUUUUUAAGACCUUCUAUGUCCAAGCGUAUACUAAGAAAAAUUUAAAAAAUAUGCCUGCAUCUAUUAAAGAGGAAAAGACUGCAAUAAUAUACAAUAACAAUGACCAUAAUUCGCGGAUAUCAAAAAAAGAAAACGGUAUUAUUUAUUCUAACGAGUACAAAUUAACUAAUGACUUGGCUAUUGACAAUAGUUUAAGAAAUCGUGUUUUUAUUAACAGUCAUUAAUGAAUCAAUUAAAAUAACAAAACGUUUAUCAGUGUGACUUAAUACAUUUCCAGUUCUAUUGUAUAAAUUCUACGUUCCUUUAUUAUCUGGGACAUUUGUUAACAAUAGAUAUACAUUAUUAUUUUUUUUUCCUUUUUUAACUAGUUUCAAUUUCAUUUGUUCUCUGUAUCAUGAGUGCAAAGUGCUUACAAAGUACAUACAAGUCACAUAUUUUAUAAUUAAGAUAUUCUUAAUUACGGACCCAAAGAAAUUAUUUAUGAUAUUAUGGAAUAAAAAUAUCCAUACUGUUUUCCUUUCUUGUGGAAAGUAAGCUUUUAAGUGGAGGUGAUAGAGUAUAAUAUUAUGGAGGCGAUAUAAUAUAAUAUUAUUUUAAUUGAGUCGGAUCAUCAAUUAAUAACUUAAGCCUUCAUAGCAACCCUGAUUAAGAAAAAUGAUUUAAUCCAUGCUAAAAAAGGAUUCAUCAAAAUCAACACACACUGUGUGUAAAACGAACGUUUUACAUUUGAUUAUAUGUUACUUUAACAUUUUGUGAGUGUUAAUAGUUAUUUUCGAUACGUAUGCGGAACGGUAGGGAUUCUGACGGCUUGAAGUGACGUCACGAGUUUGAGGCUAUGGGCGCUUUCUUAUCAAGACUGAGUUAGUUAUCCGGUCGAGCGAAGCGAAGGUCAGGGUCCCUACCUUUGAGCAUAAAGUAUCGAACAAAAUUUUUUGUCAUAUCAACGGCGGAAGUUGAAUUUGAGAGAGAAACAGUCAAAAAUGUUUCAAAUCGUGUAGAAAUGUAGAGACAGAUAGAGAGAGAGAAGUUACUUUUCGAUACAAGUUCGAGGGAAGUUAACCAAACUAUAGAUUGCCAGAAAUCGUAUAGUUUGCGCCCUCUGCAUGUCGCUUGAAAAUUCAACUUUCGCGGUUGAUGUGACAAAAAAAAAGUUACACACGUAUACGUUAAAAAUAAAAAUUUUCCAAGAAUUCUUUUGUGAUGGCCGACAUUAUUUUUAACAUAUUUUGUGUGUUGAUUUGAUAGUAACAUAUGAAAAGUGUUAUUUUCAAAUAAAAUGACAUUUUUGUGUGUUAAAAAAUCAAUCAAUUGCGGCAGUUCAAACAAGAUAAAUACUGUGUGUUGAAUUGGCACACAAAAGUGUUAAAAAUUCAACACUCAGAAUUUUAACACACGUUUUUUUUACACUUUGACGAUUCGUUUUUUACUGUGUAUAUAUACAUAGAUAUGUAUUAGUCGAUUCAAAUUUUUUAAAAUCAUUCCAAAUUGUUUUUAAUCAUUUAAAAUAACUUUUCUUAAUAAGGGAACUGACGACUGAAAGAGAAUACUGACAUGUACUAAAAAAAACUAAGUUAUAUUUUACAUGUAAGAUGUUAGUGAAAUAUAUAUACUUAGUUUAAAGUUUUUUAUUUUCAUAAAAAUAAAUAGUUUUAAUAUUGUAAUUAAUAAUUUAUCUGUUGAAUAAUAAAUAAUAAAACGAUAAAUUUUGUAUAAUUAAAAAAUAAAUUUGUUUUAUAAUAAUUUUAGAAAAAGCCAUUUGUGGAUAAACAGGGUAAAAAUUUAUUUUGUAAAGAUUGUAAUGAUAUUUUAUCGAUAAGUAGGGUAAAAGCACCAGUACCUAGCCCUUAACCAUUAGCCAGCCGGUCAUAUACUUUAACAUUGGCUUUAACAUAAAAUAUAUAUAGAUAUAAUUUAACAUGAAGUGGCUGGCUACUGGUUUGGAGUUGGGUACUGGUGGUCUUACCCUACUAUUACAAUAUUAAGGUCCUUGAAUUCAAUUCAUUUAUACUUAAGUAUAAAACCUCUGUCUUAAAUGUUUCCCGAAAAAAAGGAAAAUAAUAAAAAAAUAAAUAAAAGAUACCUUCUGAAAGUCAG